AGGCAGGCUUACGUCAGUUCGACAAGAAUGAGAAUUUUCAAUCUUACCUUCUUGUUACUUACCAUCUUAGUGAUUCUCUCUGCUGUGGAUGUUGGUGAAUGCGGUUUUCUCAAUAGGCUUUUCAAGGGAAUACCCACCAAGAAGAGGCAUUUCAAAAUUGGAAACCCCAUUAUAAAACCUGUCAAAUGUUAUGCGCCACCUUCCUUUCGCUGCUCCAUCGACGGUUGCCACAUGACCGACUAGAAGGGCAUUGAUAUUUCGUGCUCGGCUGUCGAUAAAUCUUGGC